AUGCACGAGGCUAUCAUAACAGCAUACAGUCAACAUAGCUGUUAAUUUUAAGGUACAAUACAUAAUGUAUGGUGAAGAGUUGGAUAAGACCGCACGAAUUUCCAUCAAAGAGUGAAUAAAAAUUAGGCAUGCUUUUAUGCGAACAUGAUAGAACAACGUUUACGCCAAAUGUAUAUAUACCUCGGAACGGCCAAUUACAGAAAUAAAUCUUUAUUAUUGCAAGAACAUCAUGUGUCGUUUACUACGUCUUAUGCUCAUCUACUGCGUUAUUUUGGUAUAUCAAUUUGGAAUUAGUUCAGAGGAUCCUACGGUCACAGUUACUGAAGGAGAGCUCUUUGGAAAGACACUUUUAUUUGAGGAAUAUGAAUCCAUAAACAUAUUGAAGUUGGUCGAUGUUUUCUUGGGUGUUCCAUUUGCCAAUCCUCCAGAUCGCUUUGAGGCACCUAAACCUAAAAGAAGAUGGUUUGGACGGUGGAAUGCUACUACAUACAAACCUGCCUGUCUGCAGACACCUAUCGCCUCCUUUUAUUAUCCUGAUUUCAUGGAUGAAGACUGUCUGUAUCUCAACGUCUUUGUUCCAAAUCCAAAGCCCAACAAAGCAGCUGUAAUGGUAUGGAUCCAUGGAGGAGGAUUCGAAUCGGGAACAGCAUCAACAUACGAUUACUAUGGAGUGCCACUUGUAGCAGUAGGGGAUGUCAUCAUUGUCACUCUGAAUUAUCGCCUAGGUGUAUUCGGAUUCUUCUCAACUGAUGACGACUUAGCGCCCGGGAAUUACGGUUUGCUUGACCAGGUAGCUGCUCUGACAUGGGUCAAGAACAACAUUGAAGCGUUUGGAGGAGACAAUGAGAGGAUAACCGUUUUCGGAGAGAGUGCUGGAGCUUCAAGCGUAAAUUUCCAUAUGCUCUCCCAACUUACCACCGACAUUUUCCACCAUGCAAUUAUUCAGAGUGGUUCGGCGUUUUCUAACUUCGCUUAUCGAUCAGACAGAAGUGCAGAGAAGCGAUACGCGAUGGAAACUGGGGAGCAAUUAGGAUGUAAUUCGACCACUUCAAGUGAAUUAAUAGAGUGCCUGAAAGGACUCGAUGGCAGACGACUACGUGCUGCGGCAGACAGGGUAUAUCCCGUGUACUCUGUUUCUGUAGACGGCUACUUACUCACUGACACACCAGCCAACCUGUACAGCAGGGGUGAUGUGCAGCAUCCUAAGCUACUAAUCGGCUUCAACAAGGACGAGGGUUCCAUCCGUGAAUUCGGAGAGAACCUCGCCUAUGCGGGUUCAUCGACUGGACCACCAAUCAGCAAGAGCACUCUUGAAGAAUCCGUGAAGGCAUCAUCGGCGAAAUAUGGCCUUGGUGACGCCAUCCUACAGAGAUCAAUCCUUGAGGAAUACACAGAUUGGGCUAAGGCGGACGAUCCAGAGGCGGACUUUCUUGAGGAGCUCAUUCAUUUUCACGGUGACUUCGAUUUUAUUUGUCCAACCCUCACAACUUCAAGAUUUCAUGCUGAAGCAGGAGAUACGGUGUUUCAAUACUUCUUGACCUACGGACCUAGCAUGUGAGUAUUCCUUGAAGGUGGCAUUUGCAUGAAAAACUAUAAAAUGAAUAGCCAUUGAGUUGACAAAUAAUUAUCCGACCCCAAAUUGGUCAAAAUUAAGCAAACCUCAAAAAUGUUUAGAGGAAUACCGUCAGUUGGUAGCAUUAAACAUCAUAUUGGUCAAUUUUCACCGACCUAAUUUUUUCAAGAGUGACACGGGGAAUCAACAAUGAAUUCUCAGAAACAACCUAUAUGUAAAAAUAAGCACAACCUAAUUAUUUACUUUAAAGCCGAAUUAAUCUCACCAGUUUAACAGACCAUUACAUUUCCUGUUAAAAAACACAUUCAAUUUUUAUAUGCCAUGAAAAUUUUCGGAAUCAUAAUUGUCUCUUUUGAAUUUUCCAGUCGUUUGUAAAUUGUAACUUUAGGGGCAGGGGUGCAUAAGAGCUAUGGUUUGUUCCUUCAACAACCCAUGGCUGGUUUUAGUAUUUUGUAUUAAAUCAGUCAAAAACAAAUAUCUCUUGAAAACGAUUACCUAUAUCUACUGAAAUUGAAAACUUACACAGGUAUUCAUUUCUUAUGAAUUAGAAAUCAACUCUUCUCUUUGUAAAUGUACGAAAAAAAUUUAUUAGUUGUACUAUCCAUUAUGCCUGUAUGUAGUUUCAGUCAUCAGAUUUUAGUUUGUAUUGAUAGUCGGUAGAAUAAGAUAAUGAUCAGAAAACACAUAUGGUUUGAAUGAUCUAAUCUAACACCUGACAUUUCUGGUUAAUUUUACAAUUAAAAUAUCUUAAUCAAGAAUGCCCAGUCCUCGAGAAUUUUUGUGUAUACAACAAUCUCCAUCCGACGGGACUAACAUUUUCAGGAAACAUUCUUCGAACACCAUCUGUCUCAAUUGUCUCAUAUUUCUUUCCCGAAUCUAUAGAAAAUGUGCUCGAGCAUGAAUGGAACGUGUGAAUGAUAGUCUAAUACAACUUACAUGGAACAAACUUAUAUUCAUUGAAUGAAAUAUGAAUCCACCUGCACGAUAAGGAAAAAUUAAGAAUGAAAUACAUUUGUAAUAAUAUCAUAGUAUAAUAUUUGUAUUCUUCCUCCUAUCGUAUCUAACUUUGAAGAUAUCUGGAAUGAAUGGCAGGAAAGCAACAACGUAUGGAAAGAGGAUUUUGUAACUUGGCAAGGAGUUUUCGAAGAAUUUGAAAAUGAUUUGAAUUGUAUAUGACAGUGAAUCUCCGGUGAUUUCACAUUACUUAUCUCCAUAAACACAUGUGUGAAUAGAAUGAUAAUGUUAUCAAUCAUCAGUUUCUAAGAAAAGAAAGUUGAUUAUUCAAAACUACAAAAGAGUAGCCGCCAUUCAUUUUUUUUCACCUGUUGAUUUUUUGCAAAAAAAAAAGAAAUUAACUUCUCGGUUAUUUUGAGCCCUCUCUAUGUAAUGUAUUAUGUCUGAAAGACCCAAGUUGAUACUUAUCCUACCUAUUUCACGAAUGCAUCUAAAAACUUACAGAAAGCUUCAUGUCUUUCUAUGGUUGAGAAAUGCUUUUUUACAAAAACAAAAUAUGCAGUUAUUUACAGACCUCACUCCCCCUUACAAACUUAUCAUUUACAUUUUGUACAAAUAACUAUGAUCCGUUUGCCUGAUUUUUUUAAUGGGUAAUGAUUAAAGAUUUUAAGUCAUUUCUCUAAUGACUAUUCAUAACUUU